CUUUUAAAAUAUACUCCAUACCCUUUGCACAUGUCCAAUAUUUUUUUGUCUUGAUUGAGCUUUUUCUGUAAUAGAGGAUUCAUUGCAAUGAGCUGCAGACUCCGCCCAGUCAGUCUUCCUCGGGAAGACGCCGGAGUGUUGAAGCAGCGAACCCUAUUACUGGGCGACGGAUUGUGAGACAUCCACAGAACGAGAGAAGCCGAUUGUUAACUUCAGGCCCUGUUCGCCGUAUAAAGUCAAUCUGCGUUAGGUAACGAUGAGUACACCGGAGUCUUUGGAUCGAAUGGAACUCUGCGAAAGCCUCUUGACAUGGAUCCAGACAUUUGGAGUGGAGGCUCCAUGCAAAACAGUAGAAGACUUGACGAGUGGGGUUGUCAUGGCCCAAGCUCUACAGAAAAUAGAUAUAGUGUAUUUCAACGAUGCUUGGAUUAGUAGAAUCAAGCCAGAAGUUGGGGACAACUGGAGGUUAAAGGUCAGCAAUCUAAAGAAAAUUCUUAAAGGUAUCCUGGACUAUUACCAGGAGAGCCUAGGCCAGCACAUUAAUGACUUCACACUACCAGAUGUUAACCUUAUUGGGGAACACUCCGACGCAGCAGAACUUGGGAGGAUGCUGCAGCUCAUACUGGGCUGUGCUGUUAACUGUGAACAGAAACAAGAAUACAUCCAGACCAUAAUGAUGAUGGAGGAGUCAGUGCAGCAUGUUGUCAUGACAGCCAUCCAGGAGCUGAUGAGUAAAGAGACUCAAGUGAGUGGAGGAGGUGACUCAUAUAUGGAUCUAGACAGACAGCUGAAGAAGACAGUUGAGGAGCUGAAUGAUGCUUUGGCUACCAAGGAAGAGAUUGCCCAAAGGUGUCGUGAGCUUGACAUGCAGGCCCUCCAUGCCCAAGAGGAGCGUGAUAGACUGAGGUUAGACUUAAAUGAGCUAGAAGAGAGGGUGGCAGCCCUGCAGGAGGAGAAAAGCAGUUUGCUAGCAGAAAACCAGGUUCUCAUGGAGAGACUUAACCAGUCUGACUCCAUAGAAGACAUAAACAGCCCUGCUGGACGACGGCACCUCCAGCUGCAGGCACAGCUGGAGCAACUGCAGGAGGAAACGUUCAGGUUGGAGGCAGCAAAAGACGACUACCGGAUCCGUUGUGAGGAGCUUGAAAAAGAACUCUUGGAUGUAAAGUCACAGAAUGAAGAGCUUGUUUCACUGGCUGAUGAAGCCCAGUCUCUCAAAGAUGAGAUCGACGUCCUCAGACACUCAUCAGACAAAGUGCCAAAGCUGGAGGGCACAGUGGAACACUACAAGAAGAAACUGGAGGACUUGGGACUUCUCAGGAGACAGAAUAAACUUAUGGAGGAGAAGAACACAGUAUUAAUGCAGACCAAUGUCAGUUUGGAGGAAGAGCUACGAAAGGCAAAUGCUACCAAGGGCCAGCUGGAGUUGUACAAAAGACAGGUGGUUGAACUGCAAAACAGACUCUCAGAAGAGUCUAAAAAGGCUGACAAGAUGGAGUUUGAGUACAAACGCCUCAAAGAGAAAGUGGACUCUCUACAAAAAGAAAAAGAUCGUAUGCGAACGGAGAGAGACUCUCUGAAGGAGACCAUUGAAGAACUACAUUGUGUCCAAGCUCAAGAGGGACGGCUUUCAUCAGGUCUCUUUCCGUUGGUCAGCAAUGAUGGGUCUGACUCGCUGGCUGCUGAGAUCACCACCCCAGAGAUUCGAGAACAUUUGAUUCGUCUUCAGCAUGAGAACAAGAUGUUGAAGCUGGCUCAGGAGGGGUCAGAUAAUGAGAAGAUCGCACUGUUGCAGAGCCUACUAGAGGAUGCCAACAGAAGAAAAAAUGAACUGGAAACAGAGAACAGGUUAAUCAAUCAGCGACUGAUGGAAGAGCAGAGUCAGGUUGAGGAGCUACAGAAGACUCUUCAAGAACAAGGCUCCAAAGCAGAUGAUUCUUCUGUUCUGAAGAAGAAAUAUGAGGAGCACAUGGAGAAACUACGAGAGUUGAACAAUGAAUUACUGAAGAAAAACGCCUUAAUCGAUGAAAUGGAGCCUAAAUACAGUGCCAACUCCCAAAGAGUGGAGGAGCUGGAAGAGGCCUUGAAAAAGAAAGAUGAAGAAAUGAAACAGAUGGAGGAGAGAUAUAAGAAAUACCUAGAAAAAGCCAAGAGCGUGAUCCGGACCCUGGACCCCAAACAGAACCAGGGUUCAGGUCCAGAGGUCCAGGCCCUGAAGAACCAGCUGCAGGAGAAGGAGAGGAUGUUACACUCGUUGGAGAAAGAGAUGGACAAGACAAAGAGCCAGAGAGAUUAUGAGGAGAAACUGAUUGUAUCAGCCUGGUACAAUAUGGGUAUGUCUCUGCAGAAGAAGGCGGCUGAAGACCGACUUGCCAGCACUGGUUCGGGUCAGUCCUUCCUGGCCCGGCAGAGACAGGCCACCAGCACACGCCGCCCCUAUCCAGGCCACGCCCAGCAAGCUACCGCAAGAUCCAUGAGGUAGAGAUGCCAGACAAGGUUUCUCAAAUCUUGCACCACGUUUUUAUUUUCCCCUGACUAAACACAUUUUUCCCUGACAUGUGUGAUGCCACAGUCUAUAUAUCCCCGGCAUAUUUGUUAGGGUCUGACUAAUCACUUCAAACACCCUCUCUUCCUCCCUCUCAACCACUGACCUUCCUGAACCUGUACUCUAGGGCAAACUUUUGCUCCGCAGGUAAUCUGGACCCCACGUCAGAGAAGAUUAGCAUCUCCCCGACGAGUUACUGUCAUUUUUGUUUAAAGAAACCGCACUACCUGUUUAUGCAGCAUUUAUGCACAUCUCUGUCUGUGGUGACAUUUAACAUUCAUCUUAUCUGUUUUAACCUUUAUGAUGCAGCUUUAAAGAGGUUAACAAUAGUUUUCGGUUACAUAUGUCAACUUUUAAAUGUUUUAUUCAAAUGGAGUUUUUCUGAAAGUUGCUUCUCUGCUAUGCCGUUGUUAUUGAGCAACAAAUACACCGAGGUGUAGGAAUAUGUAUAGGCAUCACAUGUAAAUGUUCCAUUUGCUUGCUGAAUGAUCAGAAUCAGCUCUAAUAGGAGUACAUGGGUUGGUUUAAAAAAGAAAAAACAAAAAACUGAACUAUUGAAUGGUAACAGUGCAGCAAUAAUUGUAAAUGAUAAUUUUCUCCCAAGGAAAAAGAAGUUGUGCAAUCCACAGUUAGAUUGUGGAGAUCAAUGUACUACCUAAUAGUGUAGACUGGUUUUCAUUAUCCUUCUUAAGGACCCACUGGCUCUAUGAGCGGUUACCUGGUCGUUCCAGACAACACCCUGUGUGGACAUAGUGUUAAAUUUAAAUGUACUGUACUGUAUGUGCUACUGUAUUUGGUCGGUUUUGUCCUUGCACCACCGCAGUCUUCCCUUCUCACACAACACAAAGAAUUGUGUUGAAGCAAAAUCUAGUUGUUAUGAGAGCCUCAGUUUGUUUGAAAGGAGAUUUAGAUUGUUGAUUGCUCUUAAUACCAAAAAGAUACAAUUAAGAUGGUGUUCAGUCAGUGUGGCUCAUUGACGCAAACUAUCAUUUUUAGGAACAAUGUAUCUCUGUUGUUGUAAAACGGUUUUUCAGUGUGUUAAAAGGAGUUUUGAUAGGCACUACACAGUAUUGCCCAUGUCGCUUUAAGUAGAAAUCUUGAAUAGGUAUGCUUUUUGCAGCUCUUCCCAUCCUUUCUUUAACCCGUUUUUUGUUCCAUUCUGUUUACGUUGAUUUUUUUUAAAGCACAUCAUGAAGGAUCUCUUAUUAACGAGAUGGACCUUAAUAAGCAUUCAUUUUAGGCCGAGAGGCCCUGUCAUCUGACCGUUAUCUCUCUUUCUCCUCCUUCAACAGCAAUGUCACUGCAUGACUGGCACACCAAUGAACUGGCCAAGCUUGGUGUAGCUGGGUUAGGCUGAGGCACUCGAUGCAUGAACUGCCUGCCUGCCUCCUGUCUGCAUGACUUUGCAUUGACUCAAGCCUGCGAAUAACCAGCACACCCAGCAGCAGCAUGAGCACUAACAACCCCCUGCAGUGUCAUGCAAUGUAAUCUGCAGUCGAGCCUAAGGAGGAAUGGUGUUGGACAAAGAAAACCCUCACCCUCUUUCCCCUAGUUCAACUAUGUUCCACCAUUCCAACUCCAUCUUCCUCUUGUUCUCCUGCUCUUUGUUAUCCUUUCCACCUCCUCUCCUCCAUUACAUUUCAUGGACAUGCCUGCUUGUGCUUCCACAUGCAUCAAGUGUGUUCCUACUCAACAUACAGUAUGUUACAAGGGCAGAACAUUGCAGUAUGGGCUGUCAAUCAACCAGCUGAUUUAAUAGGUCUUUCUGUGGUGCUUGUGUGGAACUUGACAUAGGCUGGGAGUUUCAGGAUACCUCAGUGACAUGUUCUAAUUUACACGUUUGGGAGAGAGUUGGCAUCAGUGAGAGAGAGAUAUUUGAGAGGUGUGGCCUGUAGAACAGCCUGCACAACAAAAAAAGGAGUCGGCUCCCUUUUUAACUUAAGACUGUGCAUCUCCUGCAAUGGUUCUACCCAACCUUUUCCUCAACAUCUUAGGAGUGCUUUUACCUCAAGUAUUAGUGAGUACAACAAGUUUUGGACUAAAGGAGAGCUUGUGGGGCAUUACUGUCUUGCUCUGUAGAGUUUUGAACAGUUUGCAGUAAGACCAUAGGAUGACACUGUUUUUCAAUGAGUAAUGUUACAAAUAGGGUUUUAUACAGGAUGAAAUCCCUCAUUAAACCUACGUGUGAUUUUUCUUUAGGUGCAAUUUAUUAUCAGUGCAGUGUCUCGGUUAAAAUGCAUAUUAACACAUCAUAUGGUGCCUCUGAUACUGGCUAUAUUAUAGUUUUUUUCUUUCUAAGCACCAAAUAAACACAUGUUUAUUAGACUUUUGAAUCAAACUACUC